GGAGAGCUAGCGUGCAGCGGCUGCGCGGCGAGGCCGAAACUUUUUCUGCCCGCCUAGUCCAGCUACCCGGAGCAGUGCGUUGCGGCGACGCCGCGGGACCCGCUCGGCCGGCAGCUCUGGGAAGACACCCGUGAACACACUGCGAAACACACUGAAAAAAAAUUCUCAAGUCAGCCCGAGGCUCAAGGGGGCAGUCAACAGAACACUAAGUGGCUGAGAGGGCAGGAUGGGAGCCAAGAGAUGCGAAAACUCCCUUCCUGACAUCUUCAUCCAUGGCCUGGCCCGGAAGAAAUAAUGACUGAUACAUAAGGAAUGAUACUGUUUAUCACCUGGACUCAGCUCCUGUUUAUGCCUGGUGAUGAGACGUGAAGUCACAGGUCUACAGCUCUCCCAGGUUCCGUGAGGCUUCUGCUAUGACCUCAGCUUCUUCUUGGUACCAGGACUGCCCCUUACUGCCACAGCCACACCAGAUCCCUGCUCUGCCCUGUCUGUCUUUGGCCCCAAGUCAGCAUGGGUAGUGUCAGUAGCCUUAUUUCUGGCCACAGCUUCCAUGGCAAACAUUGCCGGGCUUCACGGUACAAGCUGGGCAAGUCCUCCCAUCUCAAGAAGCUCAAUCGAUAUUCAGAUGGGCUGCUGAGAUUUGGUUUCUCCCAGGACUCAGGCCAUGGCAAGUCUAACUCCAAAAUGGGAAAGAGUGAAGACUUCUUCUACAUCAAGGUCAGCCAGAAAGCCCGGGGCUCCCACCACCCAGAUUACACUGCACUGUCUAGUGGGGACAUAGGCGGCCAGGCUGGGGUGGACAUUGGCCCGUCCACCCCACCCAAGCUUAUGCCCUUCUCCAGUCAGCUAGAAAUGGGGUCAGAGAAAAGUGCAGUGAGGCCCACGGCAUUCAAGCCUGUGCUGCCACGGUCAGGAGCCAUCCUCCACUCAUCCCCUGAGAGCGCCAGCCACCAGCUGCAUCUGGCCCCUCCAGACAAGCCCAAGGAACAGGAGCCAAAGCCCAGCCUGUGCUCUGGGGCACUGUCUGACUCUGGCCGGAACUCCAUGUCCAGCCUGCCCACACACAGCACCAGCAGCAGCUACCAGUUGGAUCCACUGGUUACACCAGUGGGGCCCACCAGCCGUUUUGGGGGCUCAGCCCAUAAUAUCACCCAGGGCAUCAUCCUCCAGGACAGCAACAUGAUGAGUCUGAAAGCUCUGUCUUUCUCUGAUGGGGGUAGCAAGCUGGCCCACCCAAGCAAGACAGACAAGGUUUCCUCAUGCAUCCGCUCCCCCAUCUCCACAGAUGAGUGCAGUAUCCAGGAGCUUGAGCAGAAGCUGUUGGAGAGGGAGGGAGCACUCCAGAAGCUGCAGCGCAGCCUUGAGGAGAAAGAGCUGGCCUCCAGCCAGGCUUAUGAAGAGCGGCAGUGGCGCUGCAAGGAGGAGCUGGAUGGCCUGGAGCAGAAGUGCAGUGGCAAGUUGAAGCAAGCCUCACAGAAGAGCCAGCGCACGCAGCAAGUGUUGCACCUCCAGGUGCUCCAGCUCCAGCAGGAAAAAAGGCAGCUACGGCAAGAGCUUGAGAGCCUCAUGAAGGAGCAGGACCUACUAGAGACCAAGCUCAUGUCCUAUGAGAAGGAGAAGACCAGCUUUGCCCCUGCACUGGAAGAGACCCAGUGGGAGGUGUGCCAGAAGUCAGGUGAAAUCUCUCUCCUGAAACAGCAGCUGAAGGAGUCCCAGACAGAAAUCAACACCAAGGCUAGUGAGAUCCUCAGUCUAAAGGCGCAGCUGAAGGACACACGGGUCAGACUGGAGGGCAUGGAGCUGAAGACUCAGGAUUUGGAGAGUGCUCUACGCACCAAGGGCCUGGAGCUAGAGGUCUGUGAGAAUGAGCUACAGCGCAAGAAAAAUGAGUCCGAGCUUCUCAGAGAGAAAGUGAACCUGCUAGAGCAGGAGCUGCUGGAGCUGCGGGCCCAAGCUGUCUUGCAACGGGAAGCUGUGUCUCUGGGACCAGCGCUAGGACCAGGGCCUGGGACUACCUUCUCUGAGGACAUCCCUGCCCUGCAGCGGGAGUUGGAGCGGUUGCGUGCAGAGCUGAAGGAGGAGCGGCAAGGCCACGACCAGAUGUCAUCAGGUUUCCAGCAUGAGCGGCUAGUGUGGAAGGAGGAGAAGGAGAAGGUGAUCCAGUACCAGAAACAGCUACAGCAGAGCUAUCUGGCCAUGUACCAGCGGAAUCAGCGCCUGGAGAAGGCCCUGCAGCAGCUGGCCCAUGGGGACAGUGCAGGGGAGGCCUUUGAAAUUGACCUUGAGGGGGCCGACAUCCCCUACGAGGAUAUCAUAGCCACUGAGAUCUGAGGGGCCUCCUGGAAGGAGAGCCUGGGACCUGGCAUUGGGAGGCAGGGGUACAGAGUCUGUCAAUGAGGGCCCCUCUCCUUGCUCUGUAACUCAGGUCUCUGGGAGAAGCCUUCCCCAAGGCACAGACCUGGGACCCAACAGGGGAGGAGAGAUAAGGAGAAAGACUGCUACAUGACUUUUCCAACCCUUGCCCACAUUCCAGCAUUUACCAUCCCUGCAGCCCAUCAGACCUCUAGCUUUCCUAAGAGAUGGGUCCAGGGAUCUCCAUCAUUUGGUUAAGAGAUCCCUAAACCUUGCCCUUUCUUUAAAAAUAUUUAGACCCUCUCCCAGGGUUGAUGGUGACUGGCAUACUGGCCAAUGGCCACCCCAUGACAGAAACUCCCUCUGUGUGUUCCCACAACUGCUUUUCCGCCUCUGGACACAUUGGAAUGCCUUGUGAAUAGAAAGAAGCCCUCUGUGACCAUAAGCCUUGGAGCCUGACCUGGUUAUAUCCUGAGCUUUUUCCCUAUGGUCUUGGAGUUGUAGGAGUUGUAGUGAGGUAUGGGGAACCUUGCUUAGCAACAUCAGAGAUGACCAAUUCUGGAAAGCCACAGAAAGAAUGGGAAAUCUUGGGCAGCCAGGAAUGAUUAGACUCAACAAAGCCCAGAGGAGGUCAGAGGGAGAAGCCAGGUAGUAAUGGCCAGACCCUGCUGGGCUCUGCUAACUAGAGGUAAGCAGCCUUGGACAACUGGUAGCCUUUGACCUCAGUGACCACUCUUCUUAAAGCCAUUGACACUGAGGCCCUGGGAUGGGGAAAUUAAAAUCACCUGACACAGAGUGGCUGUGAAUUUCCAGUUGUCCCAGGGAGAGGCUCCAGAUAUUUUGUCAUGGGGCUAAAAGUAGCAGUUUCCCCACCUGGUUUAAGUUGGCCAGUGGCUACUUCUGAACUUUUUUCUUCUCAAAAAAUCCAUUCUUGACUUGAUCCAGAAUAACCUAUAUACAAUUAAAAUGGUGCAGGGAUGAUCUAACAUUUUCCUCCUUUACCAGUGGCUCAGUUUAGUGGCAUACCCUUUCCCCUUUGCAUUUCCAAUUCUGAAGUCAGGUAAGAGUUGUCGUAGGUCAGAAUCGGUCCCAAGAGCCCCAGGCAGGGAAAGAGGUACAAAUACAGUCUUAAUGAACAGCCCAGGGCCACGGCUAGCCUCCCUCCACCUGCGACCCGUAGGAGUCCCCAGCUGUAAAGAAUCCAGAGAGCUUCAGCUUGCUGGGGGCUGGGCCAGUGCCUGGGGAGAGGGGGGCUGGUGUUUCUCUUCUGAAGUGCAGAGCUGAGGGAAGAGAGAAUGGUGGAGUUUCUCAAUUGCUUGAUUCAGAGAAAAAAAAAUUUUUUUUGGUCUUCUUUCGUCUUUUUUUCUUUCUUGUCUUUUCAGAAGCAAGCCAGAUCUAGCAGGCAGUCAGAACUGUUCCAUGUUCUAUUUUUGACUCAAGCUACAGCUGCUGUUCUUUCUUAGGACAGCCAAGCCUUGCUGGAUUUCUGAGCUUCAUGCCCGCUUGCUGAGAGGGGUUCACUGAGGUAGAAGGGAUGAAAGAGUCUGGAUAUUUAGCAAUCUGAGACCAAACCCCCUGGUUCUGCCUCCCUGACCACAUUAGGAGUGGGAAAUGCUUUUCACAACACUUCUCCCACCUCAACUCCAACCCCCAUUCCUCCAGAGCCACCACAUUCUUUCUCUGAGUCUGGGCUGAGGGCAGGGCUCUGCCUUCUGGUCCCUGAGGUUAAUCUGUGCCUAUUCUGCUGCCUUCAUGUGACAGAGGAACUUUUCUGGAAUUUCAAGCAACUACUCUUAGUCAUAGGCUAGAUUUAAACCUGAAACAGAUAGGCUAAAAGCCUCCUUCCUGUCUGGAGGGCAGUACCCUCCAAUGGAUACAGUGCAGACCCUCAAGUCAAAGAUACCCCAUUCCCUAAGCCACACUGUUAGAAAAUGGGACAGAGAUGGUAAAGUAUCCCCCAAACUGAAGGCACUUUGAGACCAGAAAACAAAGCAGGUAACUCCAUUCAGUUUACACAGAGCUUUAUUCAGGGUAACAUACUGACAGGGAGAAUUAGGUGGGGGAUGACCCAGGUGCUCAACACAGUUAUUCUCCACAAAAUCUCUCCCUUAGUCCACAGAUUUUAUAGAGCUAGGGGACACACAGAAGGGCAUUAUAGUAAGAUCAAAGGGUUUGCAUGCAUCCAAUUGACAACUAACCUUUAAUUAGACCUUGUGGCACCACGUAUGCAUCAGGAAGAGGAAAGACUGUAUUCUAACAGAUUCAUGGAAGGCCAAAACAUGCCUCCCCAAUACCAGCCUUGGAAGGCAUUUCUAAGCUAUGUACGUUAAUUUAUGAGGGGCCCAGAAUACAUAGUCUCAAGAAAGGUCAUCAAAUGAACAUGAACAAGAUGGAGGGCCAAAGAUGGAGUCUGUACCAUCAGCAUUCCUACACACAGCCCUCAUUCCCUCUAUUUUCACCAGCCUGUGCCUUGUUUGAGUCCUUUUUCCCAGGGAGAUUGCCAUGAGAUAAAGGGGCUUCUGUUUCCUACCCAGGCUGGAGAUACCCCAUCACUCCCCACCCCCAAAGAGCAGCCAAAAGCCCUAUGCCCUGUCCUUAAGACCUUGCCUAAGAAGAGGUGGGUGCUAAGCCCACGGGAGGGCGCUCAGGGGUAAGGUCUGUAUUCCACCAUGGUUUGAUAUGACCUGCACUCUGCAUCCUGACCUAAAGCCAAACCAUGGAUGUCCUCCCUGGGCUGCCAGCAGCCCAAGGCCCCAGAAUAACCCAAAUUUGCACCAGAGUGCAACAAUGUCCUGUAACAUUGUGACCUCACCAUCAUGGGGUUUUUCUUCCCUUCCCUAUGGAAAAACUUCCCUACUAUUCCCGACCAUGCCAAACUCAGCCUGUCUGGAAGGAGGCUCUCAACAAGAGGCUGAGCAGGGACUGGGAAGUCAGAUGACAGGAACUUCAGAGCAGAUGGCUUGGCCCAGGGCCAGCCAGCAGGAGCUGGCUGCCCUUCUCCCUGAAUACUCCUACUGGCAUGCUCGCUCAUUCAGUCAGAUCAACUUGUUCUGCUUUUCCAAAGGAUGCCUGGCUUGAAAAAUGCUCUGGCUGCCUACAAAGAGCAAGCAGCAUCCAGCACCACUUCACCAAGAAGGGAACUCGGCCUCCAGGCCUUGCAAUGACCAGAGUCUCUCUGGGUUUCCCCUGGGGAUAUUUCGUCUGGCUGCUAUAUCUUCAGGUAACUCCUGCUGGGUGCCCUCCGGCCUCCAUAGACACUGAGCUAUACAGAGAGCAGGGAAGGCUAGCUCUCUCCUGAGAAGCACUUGCUAAGACACUGUUCCUUGCCCUGCUCUUGCCCCAGCCCACGUGAUAGGGGCGUCCCGGAGAAGGCAGGCUGGGCUGUUGGAGCAGGGGCUUUGGGAAAGGGCUUUCCUUUUCCUGAAUUUUCCUGAGUCAGAGCUGCCAUGACAGGAAGCUGUGCACCCUUUACAGUGGAUGCUUCCCUUGCCUCUUGUGUGGUCAGUCUUGUGCUGAGUCCACAGGAAGAGCUGGAACCUCCAGCCAAGGCUUGCUUUGGACAGCCUGGCAUUUGGGAGAAUAUGCACAUGGUUAUUUUUCUCUAGGUUGUUUCUUGUUUUUUGUUGUUCUUGUUGUUUGUUUGAUUGAUUGAUUUCCUUUUGACAGCUUUGUUUUAUUUUUGAUGCUCAAAAAUGGCAUCUGAUAAUUUUAUGUUUCUAUUUAUGAAUAAAGAAUGCCAUUUCUCAUCCCCUCCAGAA